AGGGUGUGUUGUGUUGGUGGGUGGUGAGGCCUCGCCCUGCCCGACGCCGCUAGCAGCACCCACUCCUCUUCCCGACAGUCGCCCCCAGACGCCUGCCUAGAACACAGGGUCACCCUCACCUUCACGGAGAAUUUUCAACGUGUUUGCAUAAUACGUUUUCCCGGUAUACUGGAUCCCAGUUUCAAGUGAAGGGCUUUGUGAUAUUCUGCUGCUUUACGCUGAUAAAACAGUUUAGUAAAUCAGAAGCCAAAAUAACUUGGAACAAUAGUUAGUGAGCGGGUCUCUGUGGUAACUGGUGUCUUGAUAUUCCUUCUUGUAGUAACAUAUUAGUUCCAGAAAACUUCGAAACGAUAACUGUGAGACAAGUGUGAACUCCUGCAGAACAUCACAAUAGUACCACCGAAGUCUUGGAGGUCUCAUUAACCUGGGCGGGUCGCUGUGAGGGACUCCCACGUCAGGUGUUGAGAGCUGAGCCGUCAUGACCCGGCCCUUCCUGGCUCUCCUCACGCUGCUGCUAACAUGGGGAGUGGCUGUAGAAGGGAUCGUGGUGCGCCUGGCGGAGAUCCUGAGUCUUGACCAAUACGAUGGCUCCUUCAGGCCUCGCUUACGGCAAGGUGCGACAAAGAUCAACGUCUCCAUGGUGAUGCACACCCUCAUUGUCGACGAGACCCGACAGGUGCUGGAGAUGUCGGGAGAGCUGCUGCAGGAGUGGUAUGACCCUGCUCUUGUGUUUCCUGGCACCAGCGCUAAUAUCGUCUCCUCUGUGGGUCUCUCAGCGACAUCCGGUUCUGAAAUCCGGGACAAGGUGUGGCGGCCUGACCUGACGGCGGAGUACGACAUCAAGCCUCAGGGAGCCCAGUCACACGGCGACUUCCUCAGGAUUCAGCGAGAUGGUCACGUGACAUGGAGCCAGAGGAUACACUACACCUUCCCCUGCCUGAUGGACUUAAGCAGUUACCCCUUGGGAGCCCACACUUGCUUCCUAAGGCUCAACAGCCUGGGGUAUGAGAGCUCGGAGUUGGACCCCAAUUGGUAUGGUGACGCAGCUGUGGACUAUAGUGAAGUAAUUAUGUCUCAUGGCUACGAACUAUGUGAGGUGAAGACAGAGAAGAAGACUGCUAAUUUCUUCCACAAGGUGAAGUGGCAGCUAGUGGUCGAGAUGGAGCUGGAGUCACACAGCAGGUGGCAGGUGAAGCACACAGUCAUCCCCAUGAUAGCCACUGUCACUACUGCCUACCUCUCCUUCUUCAUCAAUAUCCGAGCCACCAGCGCUCGGGUCAUGCUGUGUAUGAUGUCGCUGAUGACUGCCGCCGUCAUACACGAGAGUACUUACAACAAGGUGCCGCCAGCCUCCGCCACCAUGGCCAUCGAGGUGUUCACCGGCACGUGUCUCACUUUCAUCUUCGUGGCGACGGUGGAGACUGUGAUGAUGGACGUGCUGUCUCACUUCCACGCCAAGGGUCGCCACUCCGCCUCUCCACACACCUCCUUCGCUCUUGAGGUCCGUGGCUACAAGCCUGAUCUGACGGAGGAGCGAGGAGGUUCUCAGAUCAGCAUGGCUGCCCUCUGGUUGGACCGAUGCUUCCGAGUCCUCUACCCCGCUGGCUUCAUCGCCUUCAACGCCGUCUACUGGGUGAUGUACAAGUCCUCAUAAUCCGGUCUACGGCGCCUCCUUCAACGCCGCCGUCUAUACUGGGCUAACAUACAAUUUCCCUGGACAUACAAGGACCUCACAACGCCGUCAUCUGCUUCAUCUGCUCUAGUGAAAACAAAACAAAUCAACAACGAUCCUAUGAAUUCACAAGGACUGACUGACAUUCUUAAACCCGUUAAUAACACAGUUUCAUAAUACCUGUUCCUGCUACAUCCAGAUCCACUACAAGAUAGAGUGAUGGUGGACAUGAAGUCUCUGUUAUUAUGACACGAAAUACUUUUUUUCAUUGGCGUUAAGGUCCUGUGGAUAGACAUGGAAUUGGAAACUUGUCAAAUGUGUUCAAGUCCAAAGAGACCUUAACCUAACCAGAGUUACCGGUGUUUCUCUCGGAACCCGUUCACCUCACCUAGCCUAAGUUAAGUUAACCAAACCUCAGCUAAACUAUAACCAAUGACUGGAUCUCACUCCUAAUGGCCCUAACCUCUGAUGAGCCUUAAUCAUCAUAGAUAAGACCCAUCCGAGCUGACACCCAUAAACACGUACCAGUCAUCGUGUAUAAACAGCUGACGUUCUCUUAGAAGUUCCUCUAGAGACUAAACGCUGAAACUUCGUAGAUGCUAAGCUGGAACUUUUCACCGCAACACCUGACCAUCUUCUCUGGGUUGAGAGAGAUACCUGCCGUCCUGAGGUUAUAAUGAGUACCGGCUGCCUCGCCUCCCCUCCCCUCGCCUCCCCUUCCCUCGCCUCGCCUCCCCCCCCUCACUAUGGCAUCAUCUUCACUUGUAAAUAUUGACAGUCAUUCAGUGUUGGUGCUAAAGUUUUCCGUCUUUAAACUGAGAUCAUUUAUUCAUUAUAUUUUCAGCAGUGACUUGAUGCCUUCUAGUAGUGGGUUGAUGCCUUCUAGUAGUGACUUGAUGCCUUCUAGUCGUGACUUGAUGCCUUCUAGUCGUGACUUGAUGCCUUCUAGUAGUGACUUGAUGCCUUCUACUCUUAUGAUUCUUCAACAUUCCUCUGUAGUUUAUGCUCACUUUAACCUGUUGUUGUUUAAACCCUCUAAUUACAGGCAUUAUGGGUAGGUCUUUCGAUAGGCUAUAAUAGACUUGUGUAAUGUCAAUGAAUUUGUCGUUCUUGGUUCUAAAACACGAUUUCUUUUUUAGUUUAGUUUUCCUUUGUGAAUGUUCUGGUCUUCAGUUGACGUCUAAUAGUGAGUUGAAAAUGUAAAGGUGGUUCCUCAAAGAGCGAUUUUCUUUUGAUUGUUGUUGUUGUCGAAGUGGGUGGAGCGAGGGAGUCCCAAAAGAACGUGUUACUCUCUCUCUCUCUCUCUCUCUCUGCUUCCUAGAGCAUCUUUUACAGACUGGAGAACACUGCAAUUUUUUUUUCGUCCCCAAACUUUAUAUAAUGGAGCAAGUCCUUUUGUGUCAGGUCUCUGGAGGAUACGGUGUAAGCUUCUUCCGUACAGAGUAAUGAGGGCGAGUUUCAAUGUGUUAACUUACACUGUUGUGAAGAAAAAAACAGGACUCACCAACACCACAUAAUACAGUACUAUGUGUGUGUGUUGCUUCAGCGGGACUAGAGAGAAGGAGUGAGAGGGAGGGAGUGUGAGAGGGAGGGAGGGAGUGGGAGAGAGAGGGAGGGAGGGUAGGGAGGGGAGGUGUACACAUAUCAAGUGUUUUGUACAGAGUUGUGUUCAGUAUUAUAUAUAAGCAGUUGUUGUUUUCUUGUAUUUAUUUUUAAGUUCCAACAGAUUAAGUUUAUUCCAAAGUGUUAUAUUUAUGUAUAGUGUGACGUCAAAGGCUCUACCUGUGGUGUUACAACCGGUGUGUGUCAGGAGGGACAGCGGCCACACCACAGCACCGAGGUAGAGCACGGCGCCAUCUGUCGAUAUAUAAAGACUAAAAGGAAAACCAACACUUGAUUUCUCACUAAUCUUAAGUUAUAUAAUAAUAAUAAUAAUAAAAAACAAACAAAUAAAAACUUUCAGCCAUGUAACGAAGAAAAUAAUAAAAAGUAAAAUAU